UGCCCCUAUCGCAGGCACUCGCACUAGCAGCCACCGUGUCAGCUUCUAUAUCCAACCAGUAGUUUCAGGAAAACUAAUAAUGACAAUCUGUGAAGUGCCUUUAACCUCUGUCAAAAUUAAGUUAUUUAAGUUAAGAUUUAAAUUUUCUUUUUAUAAUGCAUAUAACAUAAUUUUUUUAAAGAACCAAAAUCGAAAUCAAAUAAAAGAGAAGUGAACUUGCUGUCCUUCAUGGGAGGCACGGUGUGGGGAUGGCCCGCUCCUCUGAUACCCGAGCUGCAGUCCACCGACUCCCCCAUCGACAUCCGCCCAGUCACCGACGACGAAGCUUCGUGGCUGUCCUCUGUAGUCAGCUUGUCUCGCCUCGUCACGCUCCCCGCUUACGUCUACAUGAACGACAAGUUCGGCAGGAAGUUCACCAGCCACAUGAUAGCGCUGCCUUUCGUCGUCGGGUGGAGCAUGAUGCUGUUCGCGGAUUCCGUCAAUUUGCUCUACUGGGGAAGACUGGUGAUCGGCGUGGCCGCGGGUGGCGCCGCCAUCCUGGUGCCGGCCUACACGGGCGACAUCGCCGAGGACUGCAACAAGGGCCGGCUGGGUGUGGGCUUCGGCCUCACCAUGAACCUGGGCAUCACCUUCUCGUACGCCGUGGGCUUCUACGCCUCGUACCUAGCCUUCCACCUGGUGCUGGUGCUGCUGCCGCUGGUGUUCGUGGCGGGGUUCCGCUGGCUGCCCGAGUCGCCCAUGUUCCUGCUGACGGCGGGGAAGCCCGAUGAGGCGCGCGCCGCGCUGCAGUGGUUCCGCGGCGGCCGCGACUGCGGGCCCGAGCUGGAGCGCAUGAGGCAGCGCGCCGCCGAGGUGCUGGAGCGGCGCCAAAACAAGGUCUCGCUGUGGGCCACGCUGGACCGGCCCACGCUGCGCGGACUGCUCAUCUGCCUGGGCGUGAUGACGAACCAGCUGCUGAGCGGGCUGUCUCCGGUCGUGGCCUACACGGUCACCAUCUUCCAGGCGGCGGGCUCCUCGCUGCCGCCCAACCUGUGCGCCAUCUUGGUGGGCGUGGUGCAGACGGCAGGCACCGUCCUGUCGGCGCUGGUGAUCGAGUGGGCCGGCCGCCGACCGCUGCUCAUCUGCUCCAACCUGGUGGUGGCGGCGUGCCUGUUCGUGCUGGGCACGCACUUCUACCUGCAGGGCCUGGGCUGGGACCUGACCUCGCUGGGCUGGGUGCCCUUGCUCAGCCUGUCCUGCUACAUCUUCACUCUGGGCCUGGCCAUCACGCCGCUGCCCUUCACGCUGACCACGGAGACCAUCGGCCCGCACGCGCGCGGCGCCGCGCAGAGCGCCGUGCUCAUGUACCUGUCCGUGGGCAUGUUCGGCCUGGUGCAGACCUAUACUGCGCUCGCCCGCCUCGUGGGCCAGCAUGGCUGCUUCUGGCUGUACGCUGGCGCCUGCCUCGCCUCCGGCCUCUGCGUCUACCUGUUCGUGCCGGAGACCAAGAACCGCAGCCUGGAGGACGUGGUGCAGCAACUGGGUGGCGACAACUACAUCCGCUCCGUGGUGCGCCCUGCCAGGAGUCCGGAGCCGGCCCCCAAGUGACCUACCCACCGCCCGCAGUUUCCUCAUGCCCUAGUAGUCCAUGUCAUUUCUAUAAGAAACACCUGAUGUUUACAUAUACUGUCAGUUUGUGGUUAAAUUGGCUUACCCUACUCCGACAUGCUUGCUUCGGCAGGCCACUGCAUUGACUAGUUUACUGUAUAUUCGUUCACCUGCACUUUAAACACGAAACACCAUUUUCUAACUAAAGCAUCGUUUAUAACAUUACCACUAACUUCGUUUAUCUGCUUGUAAAUUAUAGAUAGGGCGGAAAUUUUUUUUUGGCAUUCCGAAAGCAUAUUACACUACGUAUCUCACACCUGGUGGUAUCAUUAAAUUCCUCACACACUUCAGUAUUACUAUAGACAGAAAACGACCAUUGCGGCUUGCUGUCAGCAUCAGACUGGCGACUGAAUGGGAAUGUACAUAAACAGGUUUAAUGGAGGGGGGGGGGGGGAAAUUUUGGGAGAACAGCACAGUCCACCACAUUAAAUGUAGUAUAGCUUGGCCGGUACUGGCGUAGGUUCCAGAUCGAGGACUGAAGAUGGGGUAAAUGAACGACCGCCAUGACGUCACGGCGGCCAUAUUGGAUGACAUUGACCUUGACCUUCGAACCUAAACCUGACCCCGGCGGCCAGUUUGGAUCCGCCAGUUUGCUUUUACGCUAUUUUGAAUUCCGUCAUUUUAAAUGUCGCUAUUUUUCUGUCAUUUUGAAUUCCGCCACUUGGUUUCCUCCAUAUUUCAAAAUUGAAGCUGUCAUGGUCAUGGUCAAAGCUCAAGGCAAAAUUCAUCCUAGAUGACCACCAUGAUGUGACAAUCCAAAUUGUAACCAUAGCUAAAAGUGCAAUUGUGACAUAUAUCAAGAUGGCCGCCGUGGCAUCACAAUGAAUGAUUUUAUAUACUACUGCUCUUCCAUCGAUGUAGGGUUUAUUGCUUAAAAAUAUUCUUCUUAUUAACACAUAAAUGCAGAGUUUUCUAUCCUACUCUAAACUACUGCCAUUAGAAGUAACAGCUAAUUACUAAUAGUUAAAAAUUAAUAAUACGGUCUUUAAUGCACGAGUAAAUUAAAUAAAAAACACCAGUUACUAAAAUGUUUCAUGUCAAAAUAUUUUUCUUUUAGUGUGUAUUUGAUAUUUCUGCUGAAGCUCUUAUACAUAUUUUUAAUUUUUUUAAUUUUAUGUAUCAACGUAUUUUAGUUUAUCUGAUUAAUGGUUGAGUUGUAUAUUGAUAAUUUAAAAAUAAAACUAUCAUGGAAAAUGAAAA